GGAAUUCACCCGGAAGUGCCACAGUGAGGGGGACGAAUCCUUACUUCCGGUUCCCUUCCCGUGCAGCCGACUGAGUCCUCCACCAUGAAUCCGCUGACGAAGGUGAAGCUGAUCAACGAGCUGAACGAGCGCGAGGCUCACCUCGGGGUGAAGGACUCGGCCUCCUGGCACAGCGAGUACCGGGACAGCGCCUGGGUGUUCGUGGGAGGGUUUCCAUACGAGCUGUCGGAGGGAGACAUCAUCUGCGUCUUCUCUCAGUACGGAGAGAUCGUCAACAUCAACCUGGUGCGGGACAAGAAGACGGGGAAGUCCAAAGGUUUCUGCUUUAUCUGCUUCGAGGACCAGCGCAGCACCAUCCUGGUGGUGGACAACCUGAACGGCAUCAAGAUUAAGGGUCGGACCAUUCGAGUGGACCACGUUAAAGACUACCGGCCUCCCAAAGACUCGGAGGACAUGGAUGACAUCACCAAGCAGUUGAGGGAGCAGGGCUGCGCCCCCACAGCCCAGCCCCCCUCCUCCUGCUCCUCCUCUGAGGAAGAGGAGGAGGAGCAGUACAUUAUCCCCCUGAAGAAGCCCAAAAAAGACAAAAAAGAAAAGAAGAGAAAGAAGAAGGAGAAGAAAAAGAAGGAGAGAGCGGGUCGCUCCUCUCCCUCACCUCCUCCCAUCAGAGUCAAAGAGGAGAAGGAGGACGCCGACUACGACAAGUACCACCAGAGAGGAGGACAGACGGGGGACGAGAGGAGGAGGAGGAGGGAGGGAGACGGGGUGAGAGAGGAGGAGGAGAGGAGGAGCAGGGAGACAGACGGGAGGAAGGAGACACAGAGGGAGGGAGAGGAAGAUGGGAGGAGGAAGGAAACAGACGAGGAGAGGAGGAACAGGAGGAAGGAGAGGAAAAGAGAGUUUGAUCGAGACGACGAUAGAAGAGAAACAGAGAGGAGGAACCAAGACAGAUGACGACAGAAGGAGAGAGAGAGAGAGAGAGAGAGAGAGAGACACUCGUUACGUCUCGGUCAGUAAAAACAAAACAAGAUGGCCGCCCAAGAGAAACGUGUUUGUAGUUUUGUAAUAUAAGUUCUAAAUGUCCGACUGGUUUGAUGAGAUGCAUCCUGGGAGUCGUAGUUUCUUGUAAACAAUAAAAUGAAAGUGAACUCUGA